AACAAUAAAAUGUUCCGUUGAAAACAAGUGGCCAGUGAAAUCAGUAAAUAAGUGUGUGCAUAACGCAUGCAAAUUUGUUCUUUUUUUUUGCAUUUCGCUAAAGAAAAACAUGGGUCUCAACAGUAACUUCAAUGCGCAACAGCAACAACAACAUAGGCAUUCACAUUUCCGAAAUGCCAACAAGCCGACAGCAACAACAAUGACAGAUCACCUGAAAAAGCAGCAAAUACGACUCGCCCAGGUGAGGCAGGAGCAUUUACUUAAGUUUUUUGAUGAGCUGACGCCGGACAAACGCCUCCAACUGCUGCGCGACUUAGAUGAGCUCGACUUUGAUGAGAUCAAACCCAAUUGGGAACGUGCCACCAUCUCAAUGAAUGCGAAUGGCAUUAAACUGGACAGCCGCAUGCAGCCCAUGCCCGAAGACCAGAUACUGUCCAUAGCUCGCACUUCGCCGGAGAAAUUGAACGCCUAUCGGAAGAUCGGAUUGCAACAGAUUGCAAAAGGUCAUGUCGCUGUGCUGCUCAUGGCGGGUGGACAAGGCACUCGACUUGGCUUCGAUCAUCCCAAGGGCAUGUACGAUGUGGGCUUGCAAUCGCAUAAGACGCUCUUUCGCAUACAGGCGGAGAGAAUCCUGAAGCUGGAGCAACUGGCCGAAGAGGCGUGUGGUCAACGGGGUCGCAUUGUCUGGUACAUAAUGACGUCGGAGCACACCAUGCAGCCGACGCUUAAUUAUUUGGAGGCCAACAACUACUUCGGACUGCUGGUGGAGAACGUGAUGCUCUUCGAGCAAGGCUCGUUGCCAUGCUUCGACUAUGACGGACGCAUUAUUCUAGAUGAGAAGCACCGCGUCGCGCGCUCUCCAGAUGGCAAUGGAGGCAUCUACCGGGCUAUGCAGCGUGCGGGUGUGUUGGACGAUAUGAAGAGGCGUGGCAUACUCUAUGUGCAUGCACAUAGCGUUGACAACAUCUUGAUCAAGGUGGCUGAUCCCAUAUUCAUUGGCUAUUGCGUCCAGGAGCAGGCAGACUGCGCCGCCAAGGUGGUGGAGAAGUCGUCGCCCAAUGAGGCCGUCGGCGUGGUGGCUAUUGUCGACAACAAGUACCAGGUGGUGGAGUACAGUGAAAUCUCCCAGAAGACGGCCGAAAUGCGCAACGCAGACGGACGUCUCACCUACAGCGCUGGGAACAUAUGCAAUCAUUUCUUCACUGUAGCCUUUCUGCAAAAGAUCGGCAGCAGCUACGAGCGUAAGCUGAAGCUUCAUGUGGCCAAGAAGAAGAUACCCUUUGUGGACAACGCGGGCAAUCGCCUGACGCCCAACCAGCCCAAUGGCAUUAAGAUUGAGAAGUUCGUGUUCGACGUCUUCGAAUUUGCUGAAAAGUUUGUGGCAAUGGAGGUGCCACGUGACGAAGAGUUCAGUGCCCUCAAGAACGCCGACUCCGCCGGCAAGGACUGCCCGAGCACAGCACGCGACGACCUGCAUCGCCUGCACCGCAAAUACAUUGAGAAAGCCGGCGGUACGGUCCAUGGCGACAUUUGUGAGAUUUCGCCAUUCGUCAGCUAUGCGGGUGAGAAUCUCGAGGAGCUCGUGGCUGGCAAAUCCUUCAGCAGUCCCGUUUACUUGAGCGAGCCCCCAAUGCAUGGACAUCUCUAGGACAGCGACACACACACAUGCAUAUGUACAUAUAGACUGAUAAAUGUGGAUAGUUUCUGUUAAAAAAAUUAUGAAAAAAUAUUGUU